GAGGACUUUCGGUUAAAUUUUGUUGUAUCUUUAUAAAGCUCGUUUAUCAUUUAUCAAAACGUGUCUUGUUUAGAAAGGUUGUGGCAUAAGGAAUUUCAGUUAAUUUUCCAUAGAACACAUAUCAAGCCCAGUACAGGUACUUUCUCCUGUCAGUAGUCGUUCUUUUCACUUUGUUCAGUAUUUGGAACAUGUGCUAGUGUUAACACCCUGAAUUCAUUGACAGACUUGUGGUAUUUGUUUUACCACCUGGGCGGAACUUUCUUGUGAAAUCACUUUCCCAAAAUUAAUGACACUUUCUCUCGGUUACGGGACUCCAAUCGCCACUUGGAACUUGUAACUUCCUCGCAACAUCGUUUCUAUAGCAACGAUCACUAGGAUAGUGAUAUCUACGAACCCAUCCAGUUUUGUUUUGGUCGUUGUUGGGGAUACUUCAUCAACAUGGCAGCAACAAAGCACAUGGUGCAGAAUCAGAUGACCCCCACAUACCCACAGUUCCCCCAACAGCCUGGGUUAGAGGACUAUCAACCCACGCCGACGGCGACAGCGCCUCCACCACAACAACAACAACAACAACCACAACAACCAGACCAGACACAGCCUUUCAAACCAGACCAAACGUUCACAGCACAACCUGUCACAGUAGCAAAUGGUGUAGAACAACAGACAGUAAGUACAAAGCAAACAGACCUUGAUGGAGAGUCAACCACGUCAGUUGGAUCACCGGGAGGUGCGAAUUCAGGUCCAAAGAGAUUACACGUAUCAAAUAUCCCAUUCAGGUUCCGCGAGGCCGAUCUCAGACAACUUCUGGGGGUAAGUCCAAAUCAUUUUGGCCCCAUUUUAGACGUAGAGAUUAUUUUCAAUGAACGGGGAUCAAAGGGAUUCGGUUUUGUAACUUUCCAAAAUAGUGCAGACGCAGACCGAGCACGAGAAAAAUUGAACGGCACUGUGGUUGAGGGACGAAAGAUUGAGGUGAAUAAUGCAACCGCGCGAGUUAUGACAAAAAAGACGGUCACACCAACGAUUCCAAACGGUAUGUAUCCUGCUGCUGCAGCGUUACGAGGAACGGUAUUCCAACGAGGUCAACUAGCAACAGCAGCAGCAGCCGCGGCACGUAGACCGUUAACUGCCCAAGCGGCCGCAGCAGCAGCAGCAUUUAGGCAUCCAAAUCCCUUAGCCACAGCCACAGCCUUGCCAUAUACACCGGGUGUGUAUCAAGAUCCUUUUCUAGCCACAUAUACAGACAGAUACCAGCCAUAUGCAGCAGCUGCCGGGUAUGCCACGGCCGUCUCAAGAUAUGCCAUACCUGCUGUAGCACCUGCUGGCGCCACCUAUGCUAUGGCCGGUGAUUCCCUUUCCAGAUACCCUGGUCGCGACAUCACAACAGACCCCUACCUAGGACACAGUAUUGGCCCAGUGGCAGGUUAUUCGAUAAUGCCCCAUGCUGCUGGACGCGUCUUAGCCACAUCGCAGGCUGGACAAUCCUUACAAAGAAUACUCGUUGAGGGCAACCCUGAUAUGGUUAAAGACACACAAAGUUUAAUUCAUUCAAUGCCCACAGUAUACAGAGGGGGAUACCAACGAUUCUCGCCUUACUAAACACACAGUGCAACUCAACAGUUUCUAGUGGGACAACACAACCAUGAUAUGACUGAUGUGAAUAGUUGGGAAAAGCAGUCAAAGAGGGACACUGCCAUGAUCGUCAGGAGACGCCAGAAAGUGCAAAUGACAUAACGGAUGGCAGUUUGGGGCCCAGCACUGCCAAGAACUCUUAUAAUUGGUCGUAUAUUGCUCAUAUGUAACCUUGAUGAUUACGGGUGCAUUCACUUCAUAUGAUCACUCUAGUCUUGGCUCUGACUAAGGAUGGUAUCAUAAGCAGGCUACUGCUUUAUCCCUAUUGCACAAGAACAUGACCUCGGUAUCACUGGGUUGGGGAGUUGGUUCCCAUUUAACCUAGUUGCUACUCUGAAGUCUUUCAUAUUUGAGCUUCCAAAAGCAAUGUCAUCUCAUUCGCUCAUUCUGUAGUUGAUUAUGACACAAUCUUCCACUUAGUGCUUUGGAUUGACUUCCAUUCUCCUGCAGUAGUACAAUUCCUUGCAGUAUUCUGUGCCAUUGGUUCACAUUCUGACCCAAGAGUAUGUAUUAGACCUCCAUGCUAUGGUAUUGCGUACAGUAUUCAUUUACUUUCCUUGUAGAAAUCUUGAUUUCAUCAGUAUCUAUACUUUUAGCUUUUUUCUUGCCCUUCGUUUAAAGUAUUCCUUCUAGUUGCACAUGUACCCUUAAUCAUCAAAGGCCAAGUCUUCAGAACUGUGGUUUAUCCCAGUUCAGGUUUUUCAGUUUGAUUUGUGUACCAAAGAGUUGAUUUCAUCAUCUAGUUCUUAUGAUAUGCUGGUAAAGCCUUUCAUUUCUGACUUCCUAACAGAAUUCUACAACAGGACUUCAAAUUGUGAAUGAUUAUAAUGGCAGGGCUACAUACUAUCUUCGAAUACUUUUACUGGUUGUGAAUUCAUUGUGUAUUGUCUUGGGCAAUUACUUUAUUGAUAGAGCCAGUUGUCAGUUGUAAUGUUAAAACAUUUAUGUAUCAACUUCAAAAUAAAAUGCACAUUGAGUAUCUACACUGAUGUGACAGAAGAGUGGGUAAACAUUUUAUCAUUAUAUCUCAAAUUUAUGUGAAGAUUUUGUGUCAGAACUGGCUAGCUCUUCUCUGGAGUAAUUGUUCAAAAGACUCGAGGAAUUAUGUGCCCUGUCAUUACUAUGGGAGCAUGCAUCUGAUUCCGUUCAAUAGGCCUUGAAAGUGGAAAAAGUUACUACUUGGUUGGUGUUGCCCUUUGGGCUUCAUUAAAAUGGCCGCCAAAGUUAUUGGUUUACGUAUGACACCGAUGCGUAAGGUACAAUUUCAUGGAAUGAACCGAUUGAGGAUGUCUAACGACUUUAUUCAGAAAUGCUGCUAUCCUGUUGCAGAAUACAUGUUGUUAAAUGAGUGUUGUGGUGUGUUCACACUGGAUGCGAAUUGAAACCGAAUUCCGUAGAGCGCUCUCCGGAAUACGAAUUGGUUAAUCCAGUUUCAGAACGGUCGCGUCACACUGGCCCGAAUACGCAUUCAAAUCGGUUUAAAACGCGCCACACUCAAUGCAUACUAACGACGCGCCAUCUAUUAUUAUUAUUAUUAUUAUUAUUUAUUAACCUCCCAUAUGGGAGAAUAAAAUUUACAAGUACAAAACAUAUAAGUAUAUAAUAUCACAGUAUCACACAGUCAUUAUUAACAAGUUAAAAUCGCGUAAGGUGCUUGACCAUUUCCAUCUCUUGGCCAUGCCUAUUGCCAAAGUUCGGGUCAAAGAGGAGUGUCCUCAGCGAGUCAACACCACCGUCGCUAAAUGUGGUGAAUCCCGGCCUCGCCCUCGAAAACGAGGCCAAAACCGGGGAAAACCCCGCCGCGACGAUGUUGCUGACCAGCGUACCUUUGACCAACGAACCGGCGGCAACAUACCUUGCCAGGAAAUGGAAAUGCAAGUCACGUGCAAGGGAGUUGAUUUUUCCCUAUUCUAUGGCACAACGAAAAACGAUUUGAGUUAAUGAGAUCAUUUAACUAGUUCGGAGCACUAGUUCCCGCGGUCAAAGGUCACUUUCCAUGCGCCGGGCGCAUGCGCAGUGCGAUCGAAAACCUUAAUUCGUAUCAAGCGCGUCACACUUGAAAUCUCAAUACGGUUUCGUUGAUUCGGAUUAGCUGAUUCGCAUUCAAUUCGGUUUAAGAACCGUGUUGGUUAAAGCGGAUUGAGAUCGGUAUGAACCGAAUUGAGUGUGACGCCCCAAUACGUAUCAACGUUUUAAUUCGAAUUCAAUUCGUGUUAAAACCCCAGUGUGACCACGGCAUUAGUGUUGUUAUGUCUGAUCUUGAAUGAUUGGAUGUAACAAGGACAUCUAAGAGAGGCAGUAUUAUGGCCCCCUUCGCCACCUGCCGCGUGAAUUCUAUUUCAAAUCAAGCGUACCAGCAUUGUAUUCUUAACUACGUCAGUUAAUCCACCUCAAACGUGGGAGUUUUGUUUCAUAAAUUUUGAUACUUUGAAAUUGGUUUGCAUAUUUUUGUACACACAGUAAUGAAUCACUCAGUGCAUCAGUUGAAAGUAGAGACAAGACCACUAAUGAAUAUUCAUAGGUUGGAGGGUCGAGGCCUAUCAAUUAGACGAGUGCAUGUUUUUUACUCUCAAGUACAUAUUUGGAGAGGUAUUGAAAAAAUAUUUGCUGUGGCAAGUCUACAGAUAUAAAGAAAUUAUUUGAUGAAAAAAUUAAUUUCGAAUUUUGCUAAUUGGGUAAUAGGGGGCGUGUUUUGAGUUUUUUCUGCCAGUUGGCUGAAAACAGUGGAAAUAUCAAAGUCUGUCUAAUUUGUCGAUUAUAAAAAAAUUUCCGUGGUCAAUCACCAAUUUCCAUCGCACCAGUUACUCGCAAGACUAACCCGUAUAUCAUAUCCGAAUUUCAGUUUCACUACUUGACGCGUUUGUUGAUGCGUCGCGGUCAAACAUUGACAAUUUAACUGCUAAAAGGCUUAAAAAAUCAAUUGUGGUCUUGUCUCUAUUUACACUACAUUUUGGGUCAAUAUAGUGAAAAAUUUGAAUGUGCUCAAAUCACUCUAAUUCAUUUAGAAUAUUGUAUUGCUGAUGAUUUAAGGUCAAAACAAGCUAAAAUAAUGAGAAAAAAACUUAAUUUGACCCAAAUAAGAGUCAACCUGACCCCGGUCUAAGUUCGGUUUCAUUUUUACAAGUCUUGUUGUGUUACCAUUCAUUUUGUAAUUUCUUUGAAACUACUUAGGCCUUGAUUCUGAAAGUUGUGCCCUAAGCAGCAAAUAUAUUCCUAAAUCACAUCCUAAAUUUUCAGCUCCAUAGCUUGCUUAUUCUGGCCAGGGCAGGUCUUUGAAUUUGGUGCUGUUGGCUGCAAAAUCAUGACUUUUUGUCGAUUUUGUCCUCUUUCGUCGCUUUGGCACAGUUGUACCACUCUUUGAAAUGUCUCUCAUUUCUCCAAAAAUGUCCAGAUAUGACUUUCCUUUGUUGGAGAGUUGUGGGAUGUCAUGUACAUUAGUUUGAAAAAAAUCUCAAAAUGUUAACCCCUGAAAUGUACCUUCAUUGAGACAAGACCACUAAUGAAUAUUCAUAGGUUGGAGGGUCGAGGCCUAUCAAUUAGACGAGUGCAUGUUUUUUACUCUCAAGUACAUAUUUGGAGAGGUAUUGAAAAAAUAUUUGCUGUGGCAAGUCUACAGAUAUAAAGAAAUUAUUUGAUGAAAAAAUUAAUUUCGAAUUUUGCUAAUUGGGUAAUAGGGGGCGUGUUUUGAGUUUUUUCUGCCAGUUGGCUGAAAACAGUGGAAAUAUCAAAGUCUGUCUAAUUUGUCGAUUAUAAAAAAAUUUCCGUGGUCAAUCACCAAUUUCCAUCGCACCAGUUACUCGCAAGACUAACCCGUAUAUCAUAUCCGAAUUUCAGUUUCACUACUUGACGCGUUUGUUGAUGCGUCGCGGUCAAACAUUGACAAUUUAACUGCUAAAAGGCUUAAAAAAUCAAUUGUGGUCUUGUCUCAGUAUUAUUUCAGGGACUAAAUGUACCCUUCGUGUUCUCGACUGAGAAUAUAUCGGUAUGACGGUGUGAGUGGACUAUAAAUGCUUUUAUAGCCAGAUUGUUUCUUAAACUAAAGGUGCUCAUGGUAUAACUGAUACCAAGAUCAUGUGCAAUGUGAAAAAGUAAAAAAAAAAGAGAUAGAGUAAAGGAUUUCAAUCAUGACAGAGUUAGUAUCAAGUAUUUAUAGUGUAGUGUACUGUUAUUUAGGUGUAGAUGAUUUAUAUGUUAUCAACACAACCUAUUAUUUGUGCAAUUUGAGGCAGAAUCUUCUCCCUACUGGACGUCGGGCAGUUGUUGCCUGCAAGACGGGUCAAAGAUUGUGUGAGAUAUUUUAGUGCUUCCAAGUCAACCAAUCUGACUCAUACAGUGGGGACAACAGUUUCUCAGAUUUAACUAAUUUGCAGCUUGCUAUCAUCAGUAUUUUGCAGGUUAUGCAUCUGUUGGUUAAACAUUUCAUAAUGGUUGUGCAUUAAUACAGAGAAAAGUGCACUUGGGUUGGCAUGAACCUGAAGCAAAGGGUUAUGUUGGUUUAACUGAACUUUGUUUGCUGGAAACUUGUCUAUGCCUUUUCAGGUCAAAAUUCCGUUCUCAAAGUAUUGACCUUUUGAAUGGGUUUUGAUAUCUUUGAAAUAUGCGUUUUAGUCAUUUUUCAGUUGAUAACUCAACACCUGAAAGAAAAAGGUUUCACACUCAGCAAUUGUCAAGGCCUGGAAAGGCUAAGAGGAUUUCUGUUGGGUUUCAGCCUUGUAUUGGAUCAUCUUACAGUUGCAUUUUAAGUCUGGAUGGGACAGGUUUGCCUCAAUACUGGAAGACAGGGAUCUGAUACUUUAAGCUUUUGUCUUCUGUGUAAUAUGUUUUCUUCACUCUUUGAUAGUCUCUAUACUAUAAUCGGUCAGGGAACUUUAUGAACAAGUCCCUUAAGGUUAUGUGUAGGGUUUGUACUAUAGUCUCCCCUUAACAGGGUUUCAAUUCAUUAUUAUUAGUAGUCUUUAGUCAGCUGUAAUACUUUUCUCAGCAAUUCGUUUUUAAAUGCAACACUGAAGCAAUUAAUGUAACCAGCUGACUGCGGAAGUGUAUUGCUUCUGCUAAAUAGCUUGAUGAUUUAAGCUAUGUGAAUUAUCUUGCCACGAAUUAUUUUCAAUACUACAUGUAGUGCCCAUGCAAUUCGAAUUGUGUACGUGUAGUCUCUUUGUGUUAACUGGCUAUCCUUGUGUUAUAUAUAAGGUGGGUGUUGCACAUGGACUGGAAACUAGGCUGUGGUGUUUUAUUACAGUCAGUCAUAACUAGUGACUAGUGACUAGUGACUAGUGACUAGUGACUAGUCAGUGUGGAACAGACGAGUCAACUGUCAGCUCUUUUCUAUAAUAGAACUAGUCAGAGUGGAAAAUCAAAGUGUGAAAACUCGCAUCCGAAGAUAAGGCAUAAUUUAUGUGUUGUACAGAACUGAGAAACCUUCACAGUAUUUUUGUGACUUUUCUUACCUAUGAUCAAUGUGUACCUCCGGGUUUCACAAGUUGGGAUGCACCUUUGUAUUGGAUACCUUCUGUAACUAUUCUGUGGUGUCAAAUUUGUAAAUCGUGCAGUUCCCGUUUCACUCGCACAUAAGGCCGAAGUAACAUAGACCUCAUUCGUUCAUUUCCCAGGACUCAUUUUCCCCUUUUGCUUUCUUUCCCCUGUGAAUGCACGGCCUUGUGGUGUGCAUUCACCGAGGAAUGAAAGAAAAACCCGGAAAGUGACUCGUGGUAAAUGAACGAAUGAGGCCUAUGUAACUUCGGCCUAAUACCCAUGAUUUACGAACAGUGUCGAACUAGAUCUUUUGAAUUCUAUCAUUCUAAUUUUUUCAACCCUAACUUUGAAUAUCGCAAAAUUAGUUAGUUCUUGGGGAGUGUUUUAUUCAUUCAAAGUCAAUCUUACAAAUAUUCUUAGAACUUAUAGGUUCCUUUCAUUAGUCUCUUUGUCAUAGACAGCCUAUAAAGUUUUAUUUUCAGAAUACAUGUAAUUACAUUCAAAAGCAUUUUGAAUUGAAUUUUAAACCAUUGUUGUAUGGAACAUAUUUUUUACGUGACGUACCAGUUACUAGUACUAUUGAUUAAUCAAAAAUUAAUAGUAAUAUGAAUUUGUACUUUUUAAGGCACUGCCAGUCAGCCAAUUUUAUCAAAAUGUGAAUAGCCUUUGAUUACGACAGAAUAUGAAUGGUGCACAAAUACAUAAUUAACUCCACAAUUUGAAAUUAUGCUUUUAAAAAUUCCAAAUAGAUAUAAAGCAUGUUUCCUUCAGUAUCUUAUCCUUACGUCUAACUUUAAGCGGGAGUUUCGAUGAACUACCCCCCCCCCAAAAAAAAGAUCAAGGUAUUCACAAAUUUGGUGUAAUUGGUUUUAGAUUUGAAAAAAUUGAUAGUUAUUGAAGUGCAUGCUAUUGCAAAAGUAAUCUUCAUGUUCUAGCAUCAUCAAUUUCUUGUCGACUUUGUGCCUUCACACAGGCUCUCCUCGAGAAGGUGGGACUCCAACUUGGGUGUGCAUGGUCUUACCUGUGCCGACUUUCAUUUCAUUCAUGACCUCGCUUGAGAAGUAUUGCAUUUUGGUGUUUUAGCAAAUGGUGCUUUUUCAUUUCGUGACACCAACAAUCUGGUUAUCUGUGAAAUUGUGUGUCGAUUGUUCUUUGUCAAGUGUAGUGAUGUUGACCUUUUAAGAUAUUGUUUUCUGUUGCUAGUUUAAAAUGUUAUAAACUAGGAGAGAGUCUUCUGUAUAUAGAGCCGUCGCUGUAGGCUUUUCAUUCAUUAUGUUUCUGUGUAUGUGUUCCAUGUACACAGGCUAUAGAUAGUAUUUUUGCAGCCUGAUUUUACGCUGGGAAUUCCAGUUAUAUCGUUUUGGCACAAGAAAGCUCAUUGCGGCAAGAUGAUGGUCGGAAAUGAAGUAAUCCUGUAUUUCACGAGCGCGAAUUGUUUGUGCCAUUAAAUGAAUCAACUAAUAAAUAAGAUAGUAAUAUCAUCUCUCAAGAAAAUUAUUUUCUUCUGUAUCGGGAAGAAAAAUUUGGCUGUAUAUACAAAAAUUGGGUACAAAUUGAAUCAAAUACUCAUAGUAUUAGCUUCAUUUUCUUGCUGCAAAGAGCUGUUUGGGGAAACCUAACAUUCUAGGACCUCAGUCCCAGCCAUUGGGUCCUUAAGCAGGAGGCAUCAAUCUCAACCUUGUGUAUACAUGUAUAUAAACCACUCUGCACCAUGUAUUUUGUUUAUGAUAUUUUUGGUUUAAAUGUAGUUGUGUAGUGUAGUGUACUUUGAGAAACCAAGUGGAAUCGGUGAUACUUGAUUGAAUGAUUUUAUACUUACCACUAGGGGGAGUCUGUGCAUAUCCAUGACAGAGAGUGAUAUGAUUUGACUUUGCCAGAAUCCGAACAUCUCAUUUUUUCAAAUGCAUCUAUUGCUAAAUUAAUUUAUUUGUCAUGUGCAUGAAGGACAAGUCUUAAUGACACAAAAGUUUACGCUAUGCCGCUGGUGGACGACAUGCGAUUAAAUGCAAAGAAAAAUGAAAUAAGAGUUGUCAGCACAGAACGACAGGUAUUGUUUGUGUAAUUUGAUUAAUUAUUAUUUCAGCUUAAUAAUGUCAACCGACGGCUUUUUAUUUUUGAUUGGUAAUUCAUAAAAUUCUAGACUUCUUAGUCUUAUUGAUUAAUUAAACAUUGUAAUCUUAAUUGAUAAAUAAAUGAUUAAAACCUGAUUAGUAAUCACCUCUUUGUGGCCAGAAUUAGAGAAUGAUAUUAAUUAGAAUCAAAUUAGUAUUACGAACACUUUAAUAUUUAUUAUUACUCGUUCGACACUUGGACUGACAAACAUUCGGUUGUCAUGGUAACUUCCAUUUUGUAACAAUUGCAACUUUGUAUAUUACUGUAGUUGAAUUACAAACUAGUCACUUUUAUAUAAUUUAUAUGUGUACUCAUGUCGUACAGUACAGAUGAGUAUUUAUUAUCUUUCACUUGCUACAGUGUUCCGGAAGGGUUUUCCUAUUCAUCUUUUCCCAUUUUUGUCUUUUUGUGGAGUUUCAAAUGAAACCUGUGGCGAAACUUUGUUCAGAAGAAUUUUCGUGAGUACUGGUUAUGAAAAUUCCAGUAAAUAUUCAAAAGAUGUGGAAUGGAAAACAAGUUUUCUUUGGAAAGAAAUGGGAGAAUGGAAAAGGCAAAAAGGGAACAGAAGGAUAAAUGGAAGCAACAAGUUGUGUUGGGUUUUUUUCAAGACGUUCAUCUGUUUUGUAAAGAACAGGUUCAAAGUUCUUUGCUCAAUGAUUGUGUCACUGCAGAUUUGCCGGAUGUGUCUUUAAAACUGGCUGUCCUUCAAAAUAAAAAGUCCUAUUCCCUUCUAAAGAUUUGAGCAGAAAUUUGAAGAAAUACAUCAGCUAUUCAUUGAAUAUGAGUUGAUAUUUGAAUAAAGUUUAGUGGAUUUCAGAAUAUUUUCUCUUGGUGACGGUAAUUUUAAGAUCGGUAAUUCUUUCCCCAUCAAAGUUUCUGAAACAAUUUGAAAUAAAUUAUGAAUAUUGUGCUAAAAUAAUUCUGACUAGAUUUUACCUGACUUCCUGGAAGUGAAGUGUCGAGCCAAACCAUGAACUCACAGCUUGGAAACUUUGAUGUGCAUAAUUUGGCCAGUUCUUACACUCAAGUUUCUCUCUUCAUUGUUGGGGUUAAUUUCUGGUGAUGAUUCAGAGAAAGGGAGAACCGCAAAUGCCAAACUCUUAAGUAGAUUUCACUUCUAAUCAGAAUUUCAAUUCAAUCUUUCCAGUUGUAGAUAUCAGAAUUAGGUUUUGGGUAAUUUGAAAAUAAUUUCGUCAUAGAAGUGGAAGGGAUAUACUUCUUAUGAUUAAACCUCAUUCAUUCAUUCUCUUCACGAUCACUGGAUCACAAAGAAUAUCGAGCAAGUUUUUAAAUGAAUCUCUGGCACUAUCAUUACAUAUACAAUGUAUAUUUGUUGCAUUAAAUGCAAUAAACUGUUACUCAUUGGA